AGCACCGCGUGACAGUGACGUCAUCACAACGCCCGUUCGAGACCCCGCAAAACAAGCGAGCAGAAUGCCCAACAAAAUCAAGAAAGACAAGGAAACCGGCAAAAGUGGCAAAGUCGGCGCCAACAAAGACGUUUCCACAGACGACGGCGGUGGCGAGAACGUCAACAAGCGUCCAAGCAGUCAGGGAAGCGCGCCGCCGCCCACUCAGUUGCACAAGAUCAAAUACUGCGGCGGUCCUCAAGUGGUGAAGAAGGAACGGCGUCACAGCUCCUCUCGCUUCAGCAUCAGCGGCAACCGAGAGCUCAGUAAACUCCCUGCCCUCAAAGACGCGGCGGUGGAGGAUCGCGAGGAGCUUUUUGUGCAGAAGCUCCGGCAGUGCUGCGUUCUUUUCGACUUUGUCAGCGACCCGCUCAGCGACCUCAAGUUCAAAGAGGUGAAGAGAGCCGGACUCCACGAGAUGGUGGACUAUAUCACGCACAACGCCGACGCGCUCACCGAGGCCGUUUACCCCGAGGCUGUCGGCAUGUUUUCCGUCAACUUAUUCCGGACACUACCCCCUUCCUCCAAUCCCACCGGAGCAGAGUUCGACCCCGAGGAAGACGAACCCACGCUGGAGGCCGCCUGGCCUCACCUGCAGCUUGUUUACGAGUUCUUCCUGCGCUUCCUGGAGUCUCCGGACUUCCAAGCCAACGUGGCCAAAAAAUACAUGGACCAAACCUUCGUCUUGUCGCUUCUGGAGCUGCUGGACAGCGAGGAUCCUCGAGAAAGAGACUUCCUGAAGACCAUCCUGCACAGGAUCUACGGAAAGUUCCUGGGACUGCGCGCAUACAUCCGGCGGCAGAUCAACAACAUCUUCUACAGGUUCAUCUACGAGACGGAACAUCACAACGGAAUCGCGGAGCUGUUGGAGAUCCUCGGAAGUAUAAUCAAUGGCUUCGCUCUUCCGCUCAAAGAAGAACACAAAAUGUUCCUGAUCCGAGUUCUUCUGCCGCUUCAUAAAGUCAAGUCCCUCAGUGUAUAUCACCCACAGCUAGCGUACUGCGUGGUCCAGUUCCUGGAGAAGGAUAGCAGUCUGACAGAACCGGUGAUCGUGGGCCUGCUGAAGUUCUGGCCCAAGACCCACAGUCCCAAGGAGGUGAUGUUCCUCAACGAGCUGGAGGAGAUCCUGGACGUCAUCGAGCCGGCCGAGUUCGUCAAAGUCCACCAGCCGCUCUUCCGGCAGUUGGCCAAGUGCGUGUCCAGCACUCACUUCCAGGUGGCCGAGCGCGCUCUCUACUACUGGAACAAUGAGUACAUCAUGAGUUUGAUCAGCGACAACGCAGCUAGCAUCCUUCCCCUCAUGUUUCCCGCUCUCUACAAGAACUCCAAGAGCCACUGGAACAAGACCAUCCAUGGGCUUAUCUACAAUGCUCUCAAACUCUUCAUGGAGAUGAACCAGAAACUUUUUGACGACUGCACCCAACAGUACAAGAGUGACAAACACAGAGAAAAACACCGGAUAAAGGAGCGGGAAGAAAUCUGGAACAAACUGGAAGAACUGGCCAGACAAAAUCCUCAGAGUGAUGAGCUCCUCCCCCCGCGACCCGGAUUCGGCGGCCAGGAAGCGUUGUGCAGCAUGCCUGCCGCGGACGCUGACGUUCCCACGCUAGAGGACAUUCAGUUGUUGAAGAAGGCGGUGGCCAGCCAAGCGCUGAUGGUAUCCAAGGACUCUUUGGCAGAUGCCAAAGCGAGCCGCCGGAAGUCGGAACUCCCGCAAGACGUUUACACCAUCAAAGCGUUGGAGGCGCACAAGAGGGCGGAGCAUUUCCUCACAGCUAAUCAGGAGGCUCUUAGCUAACAAGCCAGUUCGCCCGCCGGUCCCGCCCACUUUCAGAUCUCAACUCACCUAGAGGAUGUUGACUUUUGGCCGCACAGCAAUAUGGUUGCCAUGGAAAUGGCACGCGCACACACACACACAUGCACACACUAGUCCCGCCCCUCACCAUGACUUGACUUUUUUUUUUUUCCCCACCUGUAGGUGGCGCGUCGACUGUGUCGGGAAAGCGAUUACGCGUCCGUGGCACAGAUGGCCAUAGACGCCCGAUCCGUUCGAACGAGUUGACAAAAGUCGUCAAGAUCGUUCAAAUGUUACGUCCUGAAAUGUUGGAAGCCGUUACACAAGGAGGACAUUACAGGUGCGAUUAGCCCCAAAGUACAAAAAUAGGACUAGGAGAAAUAGUCAUCAUAUUGCAGGAAUAAAGUCACGCGUUCUAAUAUUACGAGAUGACAAUUUUUCUCGUGCUAAUACUACAUCAGAAAAUAAGUCUUAACAUUCCAAGAGUUACGGUCGUAGAAUUAGUACGAGAAAAAAAACGUAGUAUUACGAGAUAAGUUGUUUUACGACGACGUAAAGUACGUAGCGGCUAAUUUAGCUACAACUAGCAUAUUACGUUAUGUAACACAACUAUUUCAAUCUCGUAAUAUUACUUUUUUCUCGUACUAGUACGCAACUUUUAUGAGAAAAUUUUUGCGAGAUAUUACAAUGUAUGACUUUAUUCUUGUAAUAAAAAUGCGUCAUCCGUGUGAAAAUGCAAAACAAACACCAGAAAAGCAAAUGGAUGGAAUGUAAACAAUAAAAAGUCACUAUACUGUACAUUAUUAGCAUAAAAUGUCUUUUUUUUAAUGUUUUUUUCCCCUAUACAUCAUUUAUGAAACGUAGUAUACAUGGUCGGUGUUUUGUUUUUAGCAACUUAUUUGGUCAUUUUUUUGAGAGAAAAAUGUGUUAUUAUACAUAGUUUUUUUUGUACAAAAAAAUGCAAAAAGCUAUUUUUUUUUCUUUUUUAAAGCUAAAAUAAGGAAUUAACUGUACAUGCUCGAUUUAUUGAGUAAGAGUAAACACCAUGUUGGGUUAUUUUAACCCCUGACCCCGCCCCCCCACCACUACCCAAACAAUAUAAUUAUUGCUUUACUUACAUGAUUAAUAAUACAAAUAAAAUCAAUCAUACAUUAAAAAAAGCCAACCAAUGUUUUUGAGCCACAGCACUUUUUUCAUGAAAAAUUCCAAAGCACAGCACCAACAAAAUAUGUGAAAAUGAAUUUCUAGAUAAACUACAUGAACAAUAUAAACUCAUGUAUUGAAUAGGAAUCAAUCUCAAAAGAAAAACCUUUUAGAAUAUUUGUAGUCACUCGCAGGAGCUAUUCAAACACGCACGCAGCGAUCUAACGCCAGA